AUGAACAAGGCUAAUGUUUUUGGAACAGCAGCUUAUACAGCACCAGAGGUGAUAGCAAAAUUAUAAUAUUAAAGUUUAUAUGAUAAAUCAGUUGAUAUUUGGUAUUUGGAAGUCUUUUGGUAUGAAAUGUUAACAGGAUAAAGAUUAUUUGAGGGUAAUUUAAAAUUAUAAUCUUAGGUAAUAGUUAAGAUGAAUUAAUUAAUUAAAUCGUAAAUAUUAGUUAUCAAGAUAUUGAAUAAAAAAUUUAAAACAGCCUAAAUAUAUAAUAUAAAGAAAAAGAUUUAAUUAAAAAGAUGUUAAACAAAAUUCCAAUUUAAAGAAUAUAAUUGCAAGAUAUACUAGCAAAUUAUAAUUUAAAUGAUAAUGAUAAUUAAAAAUUUAUCAAAUAAAUAGGCCGUUAAAAUGUUGAUAUAUAAAAAAAGGAAAAUGAUUAGAGAGAAAAGAUUUAAUAAGAAUUAGAAAAGAUCAUAAAAAAAGAAUAUAAUUAAAAAAUAUUAGAAUUAGAAUCCAAAAUGGAUGAAGAUAUGGGAUAAAUAAGAAGAGAAAUAGAAAAGUAAAAAGAUGAAGAGUUGGCUAAUAAAUUAUAAAUAAUUUAUGAAUAACAGAAAAACGAAUUAGAAGAGUAAAUAAGAAUAAAAUAAAUAGAAUUAAAAUAGUAACUAGAAAAUGCUAAAUUAUAAGAAUAUGAUAAAGAAUAGUUAACUUAAAUGAAAAUUUUGUUAGAAAUAUAGUUUUAAAAUGAAGUAAACUUAUUCAAAAUAAAGAAAGCAGAAGAAUAAUAACAACAAAUUAAAGAAUAUGAAAAGAAGGAAAAUUAGGAAAUAGAAGAAGCAAUUAGAUAAAAAAUAUUAGAAUAGGAAAAAUUGAUUAAAGAUUAAUUAGAAAUAGAUAUAUACAAUAAAUAUCUAUUAGAAUACUCAUUUAAAGUAAUUGAUUUAGAAAAAUAAUAACAAUAUUAAAAUUAAAAAUAAUUAGAAGAAAAAAAAUAAUCCUUACUAAUUCUAUUAUAAUCUUAGUAAAAUACAAUAUAAAUGUUUAUCUCAAACUUAAAAUAAAAAUUAUAGCUUAUAAAGGAUUUAGAUACAUAAGUUUAAAUAAAAAAUUAAUUAAUAAAUUUCAUAGAAAAUGAACUUAAAAAAUAAGAGGAAAAAGUUAAAUAAAAUGAACAGAGAUAAUUAACUAUUUAAUAAGCUUUUUAAUUAGAGUAAAUUAACGGAUAGGAUAAUAAAAUAUCUUUAGAAAUUUCAUCAGAUAUAUAAGAAUAAAAUAACGUUAAUAAUUACAUUACAGAACAAUAAAGGUUACUUGAAAAGUAGGUAAAUGAUAAAGAAAAGAUUGAAUAAUUGCAAAAAGAACAGUAGAAACAAAAAGAACAAAAAGAACAAUUAAAUUAAGAAAAACAAAAAAUUGAAUAAUAAUUUAAUAACUUAAAAUAAAAAAGUGAUUCGUUUUAAGGAAAUAUUUAAAAAUUUUAGGAGAAAAUUAAGCUUUACAAGAAAAUUUAAUAUUAAAUGUAAGGGCAAGAGAAACUUUAAGAAGUUAUCGGAUAAUACUAAAAAGUGAUUUAAGAUUUUUAAGUUUUAUAAUAAUAAGAAAAAAUGAUUAAUCAAUUUGGGUUAUCAUAGCAAGUUAUUACUUAUUAAUCCUUUAAUAGUAAGAUUGAGGAAAUUUAAUGGGCAUAAAAUAGACUUAAAAAUUAAAUUGAUGAAACAAAUAUAUCGAUUGAAUAAACUGAUCAAAAAUUUAUAGAUGAAAAUCUUAGAUAAAUGGAUCAGUAAGCCAAUAAUUUAAGUGAUUACUAGGAAAAAUUUAUAUAUUUAUCUAAGAAUGGAAAAUUUUAAAAAAAAUAGACUAAAUAAUUCUUAAAAUAGGAAACUGUUUUAUUUAGUUAAAUAAUUUGA